AUGCUUUCGGACCAAGGAAACGCGAUAACGACUGUCGUGGAGAUUGUCUCACGCUCUGCACCUACAACGGCUGGAACUCCACCAAAGCCGAUCUUCACGCCCUUCUCGAAGCUGCAGGGCGCAUCACUACCACCUAAUCGCCUUGCAAGAAACAAAGUCCGGAAAGGCGGACAUGAGGAAACUGAGUGGACACACUCAUCAUUCGUGAUGAGAAAGUUCGUUCACGGAACGUUAGAGGCGUCGGAUUUGUCGUAA